GACCUGACAUGUAUUCGAAAAAGAAUCCGAAAUAAUUAUGAUUAAUUAUGAUUAAAAUAAUAUAAAUUAAUAAUGGCAAUAAACUAAGAAAAAUUGUAAUAUAUAGAAAUGGACUAUUACAUUUUAAUCAACGUUAUCAAAAUCUAUUGUAUAAUUGUUUCAUGAUUGAAUUAUUACAAAUUCAGUUUUGCCGUUUACAUUGAGAUACACGUGCGUGUGUAUAUUGUAUAUUACGUGAAUGAAAAAAUAAAUCGUACAAUGUUUUACUAAAUUAUUGGUAAUUAAUCCUAUUAUCUCUAAAAAAUUGCCGUUAAUCAUUGUUGCAGUUUUAUUUAUUUAGAAAAAUGUUUGCGGCUGUUUCGAAACCCUUUUAUAUAUAUUCAGCCGGUAUAACCAUCAUUGGUGGAGGUUACAUACUUAGAGAUUAUCUUAGUGGACAAUUAUAUGAGAAUGAUAAAAAAUUAAACGAUAAAGUAAUUAUUAUAACAGGAGCAAAUACUGGAAUUGGUAAAGAAAUAGCCCGUGAUCUAGCUAAACGAGAGGCUACGGUUAUAAUGGCUUGUAGAGAUAUGGAAAAAUGUGAAAAUACACGUCGUGACAUAGUACUAGAAAGUAGGAAUAAAUAUAUUUAUUGUAGACCAUGUGAUCUAGCAUCUCAAAAAAGUAUUAGGGAUUUUGUAGAACAAUUUAAGAAAGAACACAAGAAGCUUCACAUUCUUAUAAAUAAUGCAGGAGUAAUGAGAUGUCCCAAGAUGUAUACCCAAGAAGGAAUUGAAUUGCAAUUUGGUGUGAAUCAUAUAGGUCACUUUUUACUAACAAAUUUAUUGUUGGACGCUUUAAAAGAUUCUGCACCAUCAAGGAUUGUAAAUGUUUCAAGUAGUGCACACAAGCGUGGCAAAAUUAAAUUCGACGAUUUGAAUAAUGACAAAACCUAUGAGCCUGGCGAAGCAUAUGCACAGAGCAAAUUAGCUAAUAUUCUAUUUACAAAGGAAUUGGCAAAUAAAUUGAAAGGAACUGGUGUUACAGUGAAUGCCGUCCAUCCUGGUAUAGUACGAACAGAAAUAAUGCGAUAUAUGGGAAUUUAUCAAAACUUUUUAGGUAGAUUGGCUGUAGAUACACUUACAUGGUUAUUUAUUAAGACACCUAUAAAGGGAGCGCAAUCUGUUUUAUUUGCUGCGUUAGAUCCGUCUUUGGAUGAUGUGACUGGAGAAUACUUCAUUAAUAAUAAAGUAGCAGAAGUUUCGAAUGAAGCAAAAAAUGAUAGAGUUGUAAAAUGGCUAUGGGCAGUCAGUGAGAAAUGGACUAAAUUGGAUUCUGUAUAAACUAGUGUAAAUAUAAGAAAUUUUGUUAAAAUUAA